CGACACAGUUUAUACCAUUGGAUUUCAUGCAUUCUAAAAUAAAAAGGGCAAAAAAAUCCGUGUAAGGUCUCCCAUGAAAAUGGGUCCCUGGUGUUGAAAUCUAAAAUAAAGUGCCAAAAGCAUGAGUUAGCCGUUACUGGCGUGCUAUUGAUUACUGAUCAGUGAAGCUCACACCAAUUUCAGUACUGUUACGUAACACUACCAGAUCAGAUCAACGAUUCCCUAAAACUUUUUCACAGCUACAAACACCCAAUUCUCUCUCUCGCUCUAUCCCAGAAAAUGGCAGACUGGGGGUAUUUGUCAGACACAGAUGAUUCAGCAGUAGAGGAACUAAUUUCCCAAGUGAAAGACCUCUCUGUUCUCGAACAAGUCUCUAAAAUAAAUUGUUCUGGCUUUACUGAUUCACUUCUCCCAACGGAUUUAGAUACCCGAUUUCGCAAACUCAAGUCCUUCAACACUUCGAAGGUUCAAUUCAGUGGUACCUCACUUGAAGGGAAAAGAAUUGUUCAUGGGUCUGUUUCUGAUGAUGAAAAUGACGAGGGACACCCAAGUGAGAAAGGAAGCUCUUUUAAGGAUGGAACGGAAAUUUUCUCGGAUACCAAACAAAACCCAGAUGGGAAACUCAAGGAAUCACCAAACUGGGAAAAGAUUUUUUCGCUUUUAGAAGAAAACCCAGAUGGGGAAAAGGGUUUAGAGAAGAACUACAAACAUGGGUCUUAUGAUUCUUCUUCAAAAUCAAAAUCUGGGUCAUCUGUAUCUCCUUUGGGUUCGUCAAACUCAUUUUUAGACUCGCCUCCUAAGAAAACUGGUUGCUUUUGGUGCUCUCCGAAGAAGAAAAAGAACAGGGAAAAUUUGAAGAUUGAUUGGGCUUAUAAGAAGGAUGACGACUUCUUGUCUGUUUUAGACAUUUUUUCAUAUAAGGAACAAAAGAAGGCAAUAAAGGAGGAAGAGAAGAUCAACAAGGAGGCAGAGAAGAUUGUAAAGUGGGCAAAACAGGCAUCAAACAGGAUGAGUUUUCAUGGCAUUGAAGAUGAAGUCAGUGAUGAUGACAAAAGAAAGCUUUGAAUAAUUUAAUGUUUAAUUUCAGAUAUGAAUUGGGAUGAUCUUCUUACAUGUUUCUAGUAAAACAGCCUUCAUACUCGUAUUUCAUUUA